AUGAUGUCAACUUUCCUCGAAACAAAUAAACCAGCACAAGAGCUGACUCUCGAGAAAGCUCUUGGAAUUGCAAGCAUGGUCGUUGCGCGCUCGACUUCAGACCAAAGGAAGUUCGAGAAUAAUUCACAAUAUCCAGCAAAAACAACAGCCAUGUCCGGUCAAGAUCCCUUCGACAACGAGCUCUUUGUCCCCCUUGGUAGCCCUCUUCCGACAAUUGGCGCUCAAGAAACCCAAAAGCCGUCUACGCCGAUGGUAGUAUCUCUUGAUGCUCCAAAGACAAUUAAAGUUGUCCCGAAGAGUAAGCGACAAGCGCCGGCGAAAAAUCCCAAUCUCGAGCCAGUUAAAAAGAAAAAAGCCGUGGUCUUUAAGCGCGGACAAGCUGAAUGCAACGGCCUGGAAUUUACCGAGACCAAGCCAGAUGCAGCCACGAUCAUGGACUUCCCACUGCCUAAGGUCAACCACGGUGGUAUCCGGCCCUCAAGGGUCCCAAGGCACCUGUACUCGACCCCGUCUAUCCCGGACUUAGACGAUGUCAAUGCGGUAGAGAGGGCUUUCCGGGAUCUGCUCAGCGUUCGGGAGAUGGUUGACUGGGAGAGUCGGUGA